AGUGAUACAGUGCUCUCAACGGUGUUUGUGAUAGCACGUCCCGCAACCAUCCCGUCGGACUCUAGUGAGCACAAAGUCAUGAUUACGACAAUGGAAAUGAGCCCAACAAUGGUCUACGAGGCAGUUCCGUGCAAGAGCACGAACGUAUUCCUGGCUGCCUCAGUACUGAACUCAUCACAAUUUCCAUUUCUUCCAGGCCAAGCAAAUGUCUAUCUCAACAAUAGUUUUGUUGCUAAGAGCGAAAUCAAGGCCGUUUCACCGAAUGAACGAUUUUUGUGCUCUCUUGGCGUUGAUGCAGCGGUCAAAGUGGAAUAUAAACCGGCACAUAAAUACUCAGGACAAGUUGGAAUAUUGGCAAAAUCUUCGUCGACGGCUCACGAGCAACGAAUUGUGAUCAAGAACACUAAAAAUGAAGCCAUUCUAUUGACAGUCAAAGAGCACGUUCCGAAAUCAACCGAUGAAAAAAUAAAAAUCAAACUACUCUCACCAGAGCUGGAUCCGCAAGCGGAUAGUGCUGUUGAUUCACGCAAAAAAGGUGAACUACCGAAAUUAGGAGCUCAAAUGAAUGCUGAACAUAAUCUUGAAUGGACGAUUAAUAUGGAAGGAAACAGCGAAACGGAAUUACUGGUGAAAUGGAGCGUUGAUCAUCCGAACGGUGAAACAAUCGAAUAUCGAGAAGAUUUCUGA